CGCAGGAGAAGAACCCUUCGUGAAGGGAACAGGAAGGAAAAUGGCGUUGCGGUGGGUCGCAGGAGUUUUGCUGCUGAGCCUGGGGCUGGUGGCCGCGCAUACGGGACAGGUGCCCUUGCUCGCUUGGUCGAGUCACAGCUCCUUGUGGUCCCCUUUGGCAGCUCCACAUGAGGGUCAUGUGGUGACAGAAGCUCAGCUUGCAUCUUUACUGGACUUGGCAGUAGACGGCGGCCCUCACAAUGUAUUGCUGUUCCUUCAGGAGAAACUUAGCGUUGAGGAUUUCACAGCAUAUGGUGGAGUAUUUGGAAAUAAGCCAGAUAGCGCCUUCCCCAAUCUGGAGAAUGCCUUAAGAACAGCUCCCUCUUCCUUGGUGCUUCCUUCUGUCGAUUGGUUUGCAGCUGGUGCUGUGCCUGCCUUUUUGAAGGCCAAACUGGGCGUUUCACCUCUUCACGUGGACCAGAACACCUUGCAGGAGCUGCGACUCAAUGCCAGCCUUCCUGCCUUACUGAUGGUGCGAUUGCCUUAUACCACUGGCUCUAGUCUUAUGGCCCCAAAGGAAGUUUUGACCAGCAAUGAUGAGAUCCUGGGGCAGGUUUUGAGCGCUCUUCAGUCAGAGGACAUUCCCUACACAGCCAUCCUGACUGCUCUGCGGCCUUCCAGGGUUCUCCGGGAUGUUUCUGACAUGGCUCCAGAGAAGCUAGGUAGACAGCUACUUCAGACGGAGACAGCAUUUGCACCUGUUCGUUACCCGCUAACUGGGACCCCAAAGAUACUCUUUUGGGCCAGCAAUUUAUCAGUGACCAUCAACAACACACUGUUUGACCUAACCAAUUUAACCUUUGGGCCUAGUCCUACAGUUGAUGUGCAAGAGUCUGUAUGGAAUUUCAAUGCUUCUGAAUUGGCACUGAAAUAUAAAAACAUAAAUGGGAAAGAGCUAAAAAUCAGAUUUCUAAUGACAAAUGCCAGUUAUUCCAUUUCUAAGCAGAACUGGUUUGUCCUCCACACUGUGGAACUGGUCAGACCUGGAGACCCACCUGCUGUCUUCAAUGUUACCCAAAUCACAGCCCCUACCAACUAUUCCUUCAGCUGUGCUUGUGUGAGCAGUGAACCAUCUUUGGGGGGCAUGUUGUUCCCUGCCAAAAAUGCCACCCAGUGGGAUCUGACUAUCCUGAGAUUUCAGAUCCAAAGCUACCAACUGAUAAAUGAAACAUUUUCUGAUGCUAGUGACUGUGCUGGUUUCUUUACUCCUGGAAUAUGGAUGGGUUUGCUCACUUCAUUGCUUCUUGUCGCUAUCUUCACCUAUGGCCUCCACAUGAUCAUGAGCCUCAAGACUAUGGACCGAUUUGAUGAUCCUAAGGGGCCUACCAUCUCUGUGCCCCAGACAGAAUAGUGGUCGGUUCACAUGAAUCUCAUUUUAUUGACAAAAGUGACCAGCUUGUGUAUACCGUUAUUCUGCCUAUCCCGUCAGUCAUCAUCCCAAUCCCUAACAUGAUGUACUAAAUUUUUCUUGGUCCUGGACCUUUACCUUGUAUAGCUGCUCCCUGACUCAAAUUCCUCUUAUUCUUCUCCCCUCAAUCUAAUAUUCCUGGAGACAAGCUGUAAGUAGAGAGAUAUUGUUUCCGUACUGGAUAGAGAUGGACAUCCUGUGUUUUGCAUACUGCUGAGAAUAUCUACACUGAAGUUUGCUGAAGCUUUAUCUCCUCAGAGAAAACAACCAUUCCCUUUACGUUUCUAGUGGACAGAAAUAACCUUACCUUGUAAUGUAAAGUGGUGUACAUUUUCUUAUUUUUGUUGAAUGUUUUUUUCCCCUUGCCUUAUCGAGAUCCCUAUUUGCACCCACACUGCUGUAUUUCAAAUAGUUUUCUCCCCAUCGUCUUUAUUUAUUUGUGGUUCUUGUGAUUAGUUCUGUUUAUGAUAACUCAAGUAUUUGGGACUUUGUGCUGCUUGUGAUCAGGUUCGGUGGGAUUUCCCUCCCAUGACCCAUUUGCUGUUCCAGCAAUUUGAAAGAUGCAAAUAAAGGAGAGAGUUGAAUCUG